GCAGCUGCUGCGCGAGAACUGGAAACGAAGCAAUUGGCAAUGUACGACAUUAUCCUGACCAUCUCCCAAGCGCAUCACGCACACUGUGGAUUCACGGAGGAGAAAACGCGGGGUCUUAUCAGGAAGCCUGCCCUACUGACUGCGAACGAGAUCAAGCUCGACAGCGGAUCGACUGCCGACAGUAUGGAGAUGGAACGAUUGACCAUGUGGCAACACUUCGCUGGUCUCGUCACUCCGUCCAUUCAGGAUAUUGUAGAAUUCGCGAAACGAAUCCCGGGCUUCCUUGAAUUCGCUCAGGACGAUCAGUUGAUUCUCAUCAAAUUAGGCUUUUUCGAAGUUUGGUUGAUCCACGUCUCCAGGAGCAUCCUCGCCGAAGAAGAUGGAUCGAGGGGCGCGGUCACCUUCGCUGGAGGAGCGUACGUCACACGGGAGCAGCUUGAGUUCGUCUGUGAUAUCGACUUCACGAGUAGUAUGUUCAACUUCUUCUCUUCGUUCAACGGCCUCAGUCUCAACGACACGGAGAUCGGUCUCUUCUGUGCAGUAGCUCUUCUGACAUUCUCGGAGCGAACGACACUAUUCGACGCCCGAACCGUGGAGCAAUGCCGACUUGUCGAAGCUCUAAAACUCCAAGUUAUCCGGAAUCAUCCAUCUGACCGACAACUCUUCAGUCCAAUCAUAGCGAAGCUGCCCGAACUCCUAUAG